AUGGAUCUAGAUGGGUCGGCGGAGGGACACAGGACUGCCAUGGAUGACGACGUUUUCGUCGCGCGGGUGGAAGACGGGUUGGAGCGCGUCACGAACAGGAAUGUGGAGCUCCGGGUGAACGAAGACGAGCCAACUUACCUUGAGGUCGGCCUAGACGGUCUGGCACCGCGGGUGGCGCUGGCGCGUGACCAAGGCCGGAUCACGGUGUGA